CCAGGAUGCAGGCUUUUCUGGUUCUCCUGAGCGCUUCCUUCUGCUAUGGACUUCACAUCCUACCGUGUGAGCCCGGAGACCCGGGACCCCUCGGGUGUGAUGCCUACAGAAGGAACGGUGGGCGCCUGGAUGUAGGGGGCGCUGGAAGAGGUUCCAUCAACCCUGUCGGGUUCGAACAGAACGCAAAUGUCGGGUUCGGGAACGAUCUCAACAGUUUUGUUGAGCCAAGAUUGGAGUUUGGAUUUGACGGAGGCGUUGUGAACGACUUAAACUCUGGAUUCAAUACAGACGUCGGACUGGUUGAUACUGGAUUCGACAAUGGAUUCCAGAACGACUUGGGCGGUGUUGCGUUAGCCACAAGAGGACUGAGUUUGGACUCCAAUAUCGGAGUCGGUGGCGGUCUGGAUUCCGGUCUUGGAGGUGACAUUGGCGGUGGUUUCGAUGCUGGUUUCGAUGUGAACUCUGGUGUGGAUGGAUCCUUUAUUGGAGGAGGAGCUCCGGGUCUUGGCGGAAAGGGAGGAAUUAUAGGUAGACCAUCGUUUGGAGGAAAAGACGGUAUAAUUGGGGGAUUCGAUGGCGGAAGAGGUGGUGACAUAGGAGGAAUUGACGGAGGAAUCGGUUUAGGCAGAGGCAUCGACGGUGGCUCUUUUGUUGGUGGUGCUGGUUUCGGACGGGAUAACGGAUUUGAUGUAGGAAUCGGUGGAGGAAAUAUUGGCGGAUCCUUAGGUCCUGCUUUGGGUAAAGACAGAGACUUUGGACUUGGUGGUGGAUUUGGAAAAGGAAUUGGAGGUGGCAAAAAGUGGGGAUCUGGAGGACGGGGAAUAGGAUUUGGAAAAGGCAUUGGUAGUGGUAUUGGUAUUGGAGGAGGAAAGGGUAUCAGAGGUGGAUUAAGAUUCGGCGGCGGCAGAAAACACAUUGGAGGUGGUUUAGGAAUCGGAGGUGGUAUUGGAAAGGGAUUCGGUAAAAGAAGAUCUCUUGGACAUGGACCAAAAUUCGGCAAAUCGUAUCCACUCCGUUAUAGAAAGGGGGGUCCAAUAUUCAAGAAUAGGCGACCCAGCAUUUUACCCAUCAAAAGACCACACAUUAGUUAUGGAAUCCGAAGUCCGGUCUCAUUCUUACAAAGACCUUAUCGUAGAAUUUCUAAUUAUCCUAAGAAUAUGCCAAUGAGACCUAUCAGACGUAUCGGCUCUGGAUAUUAAAUUAUUUGGUAAGCAAAGUGAAGCUGUCCACAAGAAAUCUCCAAACAGCCGAGACUUCUGCGAGAACUCUGGACGAGAAUACAAAAGAUGGCUUCUUUUUAUUAUUCGAAACCCCUUUUUGAUGUUAUGUAUAUUCUGUUUUAUUUAUUUAAUAAAUUAUUUGAAACAUUUUUAAAAAUGAAUAUUUUUGAAAGCUUGUUAAACUAAAACCAGUUACAGAGUUUGAUGUACC